AUGUUGCACGAACUGCUGGUCAAGGCGGUCUGCGCUGGGCGCGAACCGCUUCAAUGGAAAGCUGGUCGAGCUGUUCCCCUCUACAAGAAAGGUGCGAUCUCCAACCCCGACAACUAUAGAUCGAUCUUUCUUUUUGAUUCCAUCGCCAAAUUGCAUCACAAUUUGUUACGUGAUAGACUGUAUGCCACCUAUGAGAAAGUCGCCAGUAAGGCAUGCUUCGGGGGUCGUAAAGGGUGCGGCACAGACAUGGGGCAUUAUAUGCUGCAGUCGUUAUUGAGCCUCUCUGAGUACGCCGCCGUUUCGGCCGCCUUUGUCUUUUUAGACUUGCAUGCAGCCUUUUACAGUGUUAUUCGCCAGGGAUUGUUUGGACAGCCCCUGCACGAUGAAUACCUCUGUAUGUUCCUGGCGAGGCAAGGCAUCUCACCACAGGAGCUCGAUGAGUGGGAAAAGCAAGCCCAGCUGGACUAUGCCUUACAGGGUCAAAGCCAAUUAGUGCAGAAUUGGGCGCAAGAUGCAUUCAAGAAUGCUCAUUUCUCCAUGAAGGGGCUCAAGUCCCUGGCUCUGACCAGUCGGGGAACAAGGCCAGGAGACCCAAUAGGAGACAUCUGCUUCAACAUUAUCAUGCAGAAGGUCUUAGCCGAAGUUCGUCAGCGGGUCAGCAAUUGGGGUUGCGCUGACUUGUUGGAGCAGCCGGUGCAAGAAGUCCUUGGACAGGAUUUGCCUGGGUUCCUGGAUGUGUCCUUUUUCGACGAUGUAGCGUUUGGCAUCCUCCAUGCGUCGCAUGAGAGACUCAUUGCUGCAGCCGCAGUAGUGCUCUCUGCACUUUGUGAUUCGGCACGUACUCGAGGAUUGCAGGUGAAUUUCCAGGCAGAAAAAAUUGAGCUCAUGCUGGUCCUUAAGGGUCGUGGGGAAUAUCAUGAGCGCGCUAGGUUGAUGGCGCAUCUCUAUUAUUCCAGGGAUUGCGCUGACAAGCUUGAAGCCCUUUUUGAGCCACUGCCGUUAGCGUUGGUUGAAGAGCUCGACCAAAUUGACCGAGACAAAGCCGCUGAUUUGAAGCUGCAGGGUUGGAGCCUGAAGAAGGCGCAUUUGCCAGCCUGUAGGGUUCCCUUUGUUCAGCUCCCUCCCUCCGACAGCCCGGAAGCUCGGGCCAUUCGAGCAGCUUGCAGUAGCGGUGAGCCAGCUGUCAAGCCCUGGUAUCAUGUGGGAGGGACCUUGGUGAGGCAAGAAGAGCAGCAGCUGGCUGAGCCUAGCCUUGCUGUUGAGAAAAUCGUUUCUGGGCAAGCUAAAGGGCACCAAGUUGGAGCAGGGGGAGCUUUUGCUGCAACGUCCUUGUCUGUUUGGUAUGCUAGAGUUGCUGUCCGAUGCAAAAUUUUUGUUCACCUUUUUUCAGGGCAUCGCAGAGCCACAGACUUGCAGCACCAGAUCGAGCAUCACAAGUGGGUCGGCACAGUGCAGUGCUUUUGUUUGAGCAUAGAUCUGUGUUUGCAGGGUUCUGCAGGCGACUUACUUGACCGCGAGCGCAUCGAGUGGUGGCGUGUCCGCAUCCUAGCUGGCCAAGUUUGCGGAGUAGGGGGGGCCCCCCUGCGAGACCUGGUCAGUUGCGCGUUGGAUGGGCGGGGGCCCCCCCCGCUGCGGGACAAAAAUAUACCUUGGGGUCUGCCUUGGAUCUCGAGGAGGCAGCGCGAACAAGUGAUGGUAGGCACCGGCUUGCUUCAGGUGGCCAUCGAGCUGCUGCUUCUUUGUACCUAUGUUGGAGGUUGCGGGUUCUUGGAGCACCCGGAGUACCCGAGGUGGAUGAAGGGCACGCCGUGCCCUUCGAUUUGGACGCUGGAAGUGAUGCAGGUGCUGGCAUCUUGCGAGGCAGUCAACGUUGUGUCCUUCGAUCAAUGCAUCUAUGGGGCAGGAGGGGUUAAGCCUACAACGCUCCUCCUGGUGCGGCUCCCUUUUUUCCGCGAGAUCACACUGCAAACUGGGCUACAUGGCCGAUGUCAUCAUGGUCCAGGAGCUCAUGUGAGCCUUGUGGGGCGAGAGGGGGCUAGUUUCCGCACAGCGCGUGCGAAAGUCUACCCAGCCGGUUUGAACAUCGCGCUGGCUGAAGCGUUCCACUCAUAUGUGGCGAGGUUGAAUCCGGUCCAGUGCGAUCGCGAAUUGCCUCGCGAGUUUCAUGACCUCCACGAAGUGGGGGCCGUUGAGGAGCCGGCUGUUGUUCAGCCGGACUACCAUAGCAGAUAG